AUGUUUUCAUUUGGCAAUUGCAGGUGAAGGACUUAACUAAGUACUUGGAUCCCAGUGGACUCGGCGUGAUCAGUUUUGAAGACUUCUACCAAGGGAUCACAGCCAUCAGAAACGGAGAUCCUGAUGGCCACCUGUAUGGUAGUGUUGCACCUGCCCAGGAGGAGGAGCCCCCGGCCUGCCCCGAUGAGUUCGACGAUUUCGUCACCUAUGAGGCCAACGAGGUGACAGACAGCGCGUACAUGGGCUCUGAGAGCACCUACAGUGAGUGUGAGACCUUCACUGAUGAGGACACGAGCACCCUGGUACACCCCGAGCUGCAGCCUGAGGGGGAUGCAGAUAGUGCAGGCGGCUCGGCGGUGCCCUCCGAGUGCCUGGAUGCCAUGGAGGAGCCUGACCAUGGUGCCCUGCUGCUGCUCCCAGGCAGAUCCCACUUACGUGGCCAGUCUGCCGUCACAGUGAUUGGUGGUGAGGAGCAUUUUGAGGACUACGGUGAAGGCAGCGAGGCAGAGUUGUCCCCGGAGACCCUCUGCAACGGACAGCUGGGCUGCAGUGACCCCACUUUCCUCACCCCCAGCACCGACCCACUUGCUGCAAAGCUGCACAGCAUCCUCACUGAUGAGGCUUUUGAGUUUUACUGUAGCCAGUGCCACAAACAAAUCAACCGCCUUGAGGAUCUUUCUGCUCGCCUGAAUGAUCUUGAAAUGAAUAGUCCAGCAAAGCGGCUGUCCAGCAAGAAGGUGGCAAGGUACCUGCACCAGUCAGGGGCCCUGACCAUGGAGGCCCUGGAAAACCCUCUCCCAGAGCCCGUAGAGGGCCCAGAGGAGGACAUUGCUGACAAGGUCAUCUUCCUGGAGAGGCGGGUGUCGGAGCUGGAGAAGGACACCGCAGCCACAGGGGAGCAGCACAGCCGGCUGAGGCAGGAGAACCUCCAGCUUGUGCACAGAGCCAAUGCCCUCGAGGAGCAACUGAAGGAGCAGGAGCUGAGAGCCUGUGAGAUGGUCCUGGAGGAGACCCGGAGGCAGAGGGAGCUCUUGUGCAAGAUGGAGAGAGAGAAAACCAUCGAGAUCGAGAACCUGCAGGCCAGGCUGCAGCAGCUGGAUGAAGAGAACGCUGAGCUCCGCUCCUGCACGCCCUGUCUGAAGGCUGGCAUCGAGCGCCUGGAGGAGGAGAAGCAGAAGUUGCUGGAUGAGAUUGAAGAGUUGACACUGCGGCUCAACGAAGAGCAGGAGAACAAGAGGAAGUUGGGAGACAGGCUGAGUCAUGAGAGACACCAGUUCCAGAGGGACAAGGAGGCGACCCAGGAGCUGAUCGAGGAUCUCCGCAAGCAGCUGGAGCACCUGCAGCUCUUCAAGCUGGAGGCCGAGCAGAGGCGGGGCCGCAGCAGCAGCGUGGGCCUGCAGGAGUACAACAGCCGGGCCAGGGAGAGUGAGCUGGAGCAGGAGGUCCGCAGGCUGAAGCAGGACAACCGUAAUCUGAAGGAGCAGAACGAGGAGCUAAAUGGGCAGAUCAUAACCCUGAGCAUCCAAGGUGCCAAGAGCCUCUUCUCCACGGCCUUCUCCGAGUCCCUGGCUGCAGAGAUCAGCUCGGUCUCCCGAGACGAGCUCAUGGAAGCGAUUCAGAAACAGGAAGAGAUCAACUUCCGCCUCCAGGACUACAUCGACAGGAUCAUCGUGGCCAUCAUGGAGACCAACCCGUCCAUCUUGGAGGUCAAGUAGAGGCAGGGAGGCCCAGCCUGGGCUGGGUUCAGGACUCUACCAACACCCCGGAGAGGCCCUGUCACACCAUGAGGAGCCAAGACCAGCAGGCCCCACAGCUGGCCAAGUCCAGAGCCUCUGGGCUGGACUGAAUAAUGACAGGGGCUGCUAAAGGGGCAGGGGGCAAAGGGCAGCGGAGAAGGAAGAAAGGCAGGGAAACCCCCAGGACUGAAGCCCACAGUGGGUGUGGGGUGUGGCUGGACCUGCUGUCAGCUCUGCCAUCCUGGGGGCCAGGACAUCCCAGCCCCAGGUCCGCACAGCAUCGACGCCCAGGUCCCUGUUCAGUGGUGAUGGAAUCACGAGCCUCUCUGUGCAAAGAUGUGGGGACAGUUCUCAGGCUGGGGUGAGCCCAUCGGUGACCUCCCUCAUGGCAGCCCCUCUUCCCACUGUCCAGCCCUAUCAGGAAUGAAGGAAGAAAAGGGGUCCCCACUGAGGAUGCCGCCACCCAUGCCUGCCUGCACAAGCACCCUGACUCAGUGGCCACCCAAGCCUGCCUGCUCCCGGACGGCAUGCAAGCCCCUGGACCUUCACAUCGGACGUUGUGGUGCUGGAAGGAUGGGCGGGCAAGGCUGGCAUGUCUUGGUCUGAGCGCCACAGCCCCUCCUCCCACCCCCUAGUUCUCCCCGAGCUGCUCAGGCCAUCACCCACCCAGAUGUGACCACCUUGGUCCAGCUUUGUGCCCAGGGGCCUCCCACGGCCUGACCCUCGCUGCAGUAACCCUUAGGGGCCUUGGCCUUCCUGUCAGGGGCUGGGACAGGAGCCUAUUGGGGCCCUCUGGUCUGAAAUCAGGACUUGAGAUUCUGACUGUGUAGAACUUGCUCCCUGGAUGGGGUGAACACCACCACCCCCUCUGACUCCCAGGUGCAGGUGCUGCUUCUCUGCAGGUGUGGCCUCACCUGACCUGGAGUCCACACCCUCUCCAUGCAGAUCGUCGCUGCCCUGGGUAACGUCAGCAUUUCCCAGGCCAGAGCUCAAAUGUCUGGAACCAUGUUUUCUUCUGGGUGUCUAACUUAGAAAUCACUAUUCCUCCCUGAGGGUGCAUUUUGCAGGAGAGUGGGAGCAGGGCAGGCUCUCCAAGGACAUGAGGAUCAAAGAGGGAGGCUUUCCUUCUGUGCACCUGCUGCUUCCCGGCCUGCACUACCUGGGAGCAGCAGCAUCACUCCCACAGGCUGCUGGGCCUGCCCCCGAGCCUCAGCACUGGCAGGGAGCCUUCGGGCCUUCCUGGAUGGGUUGAGACCCCAUCAGGAAGACUGGCCACUCCAUUGUGUGCACGCGUGUGUGAGUGUGUGUGUGAGUGUGCACGCGUGCAUGUGCCCACACAUGCUGCCCUGUGUCCCCCACCCUCCACCUGGCCCACCUUCUAUGCUAAGAAUUAAGAUGUUGCCUCGUAUUGUACAUUUUGGGGAAAGCCUUGGUUGUAAAUCAGUGUAAACUUGGAGGAGAGAUUUUUCUAUCAUGUAGAGUAGGUAUUUUUUAUAGAUUGAAGGUUGAUCAAUUUUUUAAUACUUUCAAGAGAGAAAACUAUCUGUGUAUACACAUGAAAUAUAUAUAUGUAUAAUAUAUAAAUACUGGAGCCCUGCCUUUCUGUGCCCAGGUUUUGGCCCUGGUGUCAUGGGCUUGUGUCCUGUUUCUGUGACUGCUCAGCAGUGCUGUAACUGUAAACAUGAAUUGCCAGGAGACAAUGUGGGAAACACACACUAAGCACCAACUUGCAUACCGCUCCCACUUUAAUUCCCUGAGAAGGUGCUCUUCUGCCUGGAUGCAGGAGGGCAGGAGGCCAGCACAGAUUAAAGCUGUUACUGCACAUGCA